GCGGAAGAUUAUUGUAAACAGAAAAAAAUCUUUGUUUAUGUUUGGGCACUGAAGUAACAAAACAAAUUAAUAAAAUAAUUAAAUCAAUUUUGGUUUACGCAAAAGUGACGCAAGCAAAAUGCCUACUCUGUGCCGCACCUGUGGCUUGGGGGCCGAGUAUUCAAGGAACCUCUUUGACAAGGAAGCUAAAGACAUUCUGUACAACCUACUGCAACUGACGGGGAUUUUGUUAACUAACGAGAAGGGCGUGCCCCCGCAAAUCUGUGUUUCCUGCCUGCUGGACCUGAAGGAAGCCAUUGCCUUUCGGGAUCGAUGCAUCAGGACGAACAACUUGUGGUUCGAGGAGCAGAAGAAUAAUAAUGAGGAAUUAGAGUCUGCAAGCAAGGAGGCAGAAGGAGAAAUACCAUCAAGGGUUUCCGUACAGGAAACGAAGAAAAAGGAUGACAUAACUUCGAAUACAACAGAUGAAAUAUAUCCUUUAGAUACAAAGGACGCCAUGCCUGCUGAGAUCUUGGAUCCCUUGAUAAGUGAGGAAACUAUCAAGACAGAGAACGAAUCCCUACAUUCAGACAGUGAGCCUGGCGGUUCUAAUGACCAGGAACCUGAAGAAAUAACACCACCACCGGCAACACAAAAAAGCGAGUCUGAAAAGAAAGGGAUUAGGAAUAAAUGGGCAAGGGCAAAGAGGAUUCAGGCAAAAAAGGAGGGCCUGUACUUCUGUGACCAGUGCGGAAAAUACUUCAGCGAACGGGGCAACUUUAAUGUCCACCUCCAGCGUCACACGGGAUUGAAGCAGUUCGAGUGCGAGGAAUGCGGCCGCAAGGAACUUACACCACACCUUCUCAAUCUGCAUGUGCGGAUCAAGCACCGCGGGGAGCUGCCUUAUGUGUGCAAGUACUGUGGCCAGCGGUUCGGCAACUGCAACCUUAGGUUGCGACACGAGCGUAAUCAUAACCCCCGACCCCGGCAAUACAAGUGUCCCAUUUGUGAUAAAGGAUUUCAGGAAAAGAAAACUUUACAAAAUCACGCCGUGGUGCACACUGGUGAACACCCAUUCCACUGUGAGCUUUGCCAGACGCACUUUGGUAGGAUGACAAGCUUGAAAACUCAUCUUCGUUCGAAGCGACAUAAAAAAAAUGCCGAGGAACAGCAGAAAAAAAAUAAGGACGAAGAUUUACAAACAGUAUCAAAUACCUCUAGCCUUCGUGGACGUGGAAACUUUUCCGUAAAUAACAUAAAAUUAGUUUAGAUAUAAUUUU